GGGGGUCGGCUCGCCGAGCACACGUCAUUCGCAAAAGUCAGCUCCGCCCUUCUCAAGAUGGCGCUGCGUUCAAUGCGGAAGGCCCGCGGGUGCGGGAGCUUCAUCCGGGCACUUCAUACAGGACCCGACGCUGCUUGUGUUCCCCAGAAAGACUGCAUGAAGCGAGUGUUUUCUGGCAUACAACCCACUGGAAUCCCCCACUUGGGCAAUUACCUGGGAGCUAUUGAGAACUGGGUGAGACUGCAGGAUGAGUAUGGCUCCGUGCUGUAUAGCAUCGUUGAUCUACACUCCAUCACAGUUCCUCAGGACCCCUCCAUCCUCCACCGGAGCAUCCUGGAUAUGACUGCUGCUCUUCUUGCCUGUGGCAUAAACCCAGAAAAAAGCAUCCUUUUCCAGCAAUCUCAGGUACCUGAACACACACAGUUAAGUUGGAUCCUUACCUGCAUGGUCAGAUUGCCUCGGUUACAGCAUUUACAUCAGUGGAAGGCGAAGACUGGUAAGCAGAAGCAUGACGGAAGCGUGGGUCUGCUCACAUACCCAGUCCUUCAGGCAGCUGACAUUCUGGUGUACAAGUCCACACACGUUCCUGUCGGGGAGGAUCAAGUCCAGCACAUGGAACUAGUUCAAGACCUAGCACAAGGUUUCAACAAGAGAUAUGGGGAGUUAUUUCCAGUGCCCAAAUCCAUCCUCACAUCCAUGAAGAAGGUAAAAUCCCUCCGUGAUCCUUCUGCCAAGAUGUCUAAAUCAGACCCUGACAAACUGGCCACCGUGCGAAUAACGGACAGCCCAGAGGAGAUAGUGCAGAAAUUUCGCAAAGCCGUGACGGACUUCACCUCGGAGAUCAGCUAUGACCCGGCCAGCCGAAGUGGUGUGUCCAACCUGGUCGCCAUCCAUGCUGCGGUGACUGGCCUCACCGUGGAGGAAGUGGUUCGCCUCAGCUCAGGCCUGGACACUGCCCGAUACAAACUGGUGGUGGCAGAUGCUGUGAUAGAGAAAUUUGCUCCAAUUAAGAAUGAAAUUGAAAAACUGAAGGUGGAUCAAGGCCAUUUGGAGAAGGUUUUACAGGUUGGGUCAGCAAAAGCCAAAGAACUGGCGUAUCCCGUGUUCCAAGAGGUAAAGAAAAUGGUGGGAUUUCUAUAGAAGUUUCAACUAAUCACAGAAACACUUUUGUAUUUUCUUUUGAUCUGUACACUGCAACAAAGGCAGCUAUUUCACAAGCCAAAAGUAAAUAAAUAAAUAAGUAAA